UCCAUUUAUUAUAACCCAUUGCUCUCUCUUUCCCAAUCUCUCUUCUUGUGAGAGAUGUCCAUAAACCAUUGUUCUUCACACCAUACAGAACCAUUGUGGUGUAAAACAAAACAACACUAUAUCAUGGAAUCAAGUAGAAAAUCCUCAUCUCCAAAUUACAAAAACCAAACUACACCUACUUCUCUCUGUCCAAAUAACAAUCAAUUAGAAGAAAAUGAAAUCCCAAAAGAACAUUUGUUUGAGAAGCCAUUAACACCAAGCGAUGUAGGGAAGCUCAAUAGAUUAGUCAUCCCAAAACAACACGCGGAAAAACACUUCCCUAUUAAUGGUACCCAAAAUGACUCGGGCGAAAAGGGAUUUUUACUGAAUUUCGAGGACGAGUUAGGGAAAUUAUGGACUUUUAGAUAUUCAUAUUGGAAUAGUAGUCAAAGUUAUGUAUUAACUAAAGGAUGGAGCCGUUUUGUGAAGGAGAAAAAAUUAGACGCUGGUGAUUUCGUUUUGUUUGAACGCCACCGGUUAGAUGGCGACCGGACAUUUAUUGGGUGGAGGAGGAGGAACGCCGCCGCUGGAGCCACCGUUUCGGAGCAAGAAAGAGGGGUUGCUCCCCCGGGAGGCGGUGGUGGUGGGUGGGGCCAGGUGUACUACGGUGGGUCUGGGCAUCCUUAUCCGUCGGCAGGUGUUCCAUACCAACCUGACUGUCUUCAUGCAGAAAGAAGAGUAAUGCACAACCAAACAGCAGCAAAUGGGAACAACACAAGGAGACAAGUAAGGUUGUUUGGGGUGAACCUAGCAGAGUUCGAGGUAGAUGAGUCUUCCUGGUCCGAACCAUCGACCUCAGAUGGUUCGUCGACACCGAGCCACCACCAACAGAGUCAUGAGUAUCAGGGUCAAGUUGGCCAGCCGUAUUACCAAUAUCAAGUCCAUUGUUCCAAUCCUCCUGCGCCUGCCUCUUCCUAUGCUAAAAAUAACCAUCACAAUAACAUGGAUGUGGAUUAAUCAAGAGAUGUCAACCAGAUGAGAUAUCACCAGGGAUAAGAUCUGACAUAAGAAUUGACUUUUCUGGGCCACUUGAAAUGUCAAAAAAAAAAAAAAAAAAAACUUGAAAAUUUCAGAUUUUGUGGCAGCUUGCCCUCCUGAGAAAAGGUGGUGCAAGUAUAUCAACUUCAACACUUCCCAAUUCCCAUGUCCAGGAACUUUGAAAGAGACAUCAGGGAGCAUAGAUUAAGAUUGUAGGUGCGUCAGCGUCACCCAAGUACAGAUCGACGUAAGUAAAGACCCAAAUGAAAGAAUAUGAGUUACUAUUUGUUUUCAAGAAUCUAAAAACUGACAGUUAUUAACAUCCUUUUUUACACAUUUCGAUGAUAAUUAAAUGGCAGAAUUCUUUUUGUUCCACAGUACUACUGUGUUCAAUGUACUGUAAUUAUUGAUGAUUCAUAUGAAAAACUGAUGAAAGGACUCGUCAAUC